AUGAUCGAACUCGGCCUCUCCCGCAUCACGCGCCUCCUGCAACAUACGCCACAGUCGUGGAAAGCCAUACACGUCGCCGGCACCAAUGGCAAAGGCUCAACCUGCGCAUAUCUCUCCGCCAUGCUGCACGCCAGCGGCCGCUCCUGCGCACGCUUCAACUCGCCACACUUCAUCGACCGGUGGGACUGCAUCACCAUAAACGAGAAGCCCGUGUCUGAGACUCUGUUCCUCGACACCGAGAGGCUCGUCAAGGAAAGGGACCAGCGAGACAGCAUCGGUGCCAGCGAGUUCGAGCUGUUGACGGCAACCGCCUUCGAGAUCAUGGAGCGUGAGAAGGUCGAGUUCGGCGUCAUCGAGGUCGGAAUGGGCGGCUCGCUGGAUGCCACCAACGCUCUGAAGCACAAGGCUGUCACUGUUAUUGCCAAGAUUGGGCUGGAUCACCAAUUCCUGCUGGGGGACACCAUCCAGGAGAUCGCCCUGACCAAGGCCGGCAUCAUGAGGGAAAACGUUGAUUGUGUCGUUGAUCAGAGCAACGAGACCUCCGUCCUGCAGGUCGUCAAAGAGCACGCCAAGGCCGUCGGAGCCGAGGUCAUUUUCCCGUCCGAGUUGUCCGGUCUGAAAUCCUCACUUUCACGGGCAGGUUUUGAGCCGCACCAAAUUCAGAACAUCGCCAAUGCCCUCGAGGCUUUCCGCCGCGCCUGUCCCGACGAGGAUGUGACCCUCCAGCGGUGGAUGGCUACCAUAGAACAAACCCGACUGCCAGGGAGGCUGCAGAGUGUGCGAAUUCCUCCCCGCGGGAGAGAACUCCUCCUGGACGGCGCACACAACGUCCAGUCGGCCGAGGCUCUGGCUGCAUACGUGAACAAACACUUGAGACCAUCCGGAAGGCCGGUCACAUGGAUUCUCGCUGCCUCACACGGCAAGGACGUGAGCGGAAUUCUGAAGGUCAUACUACAACCAAACGACCUCGCCACAGCCGUGCGUUUCGGACCCGUGGACGGUAUGCCUUGGGUUAGACCCCAGGAGCCAAAAGAAAUCUUGGAUGCAGCGAGGCAAUGCGGCGCCGUCAUCUUUGAAAGCCAUGACACCGUGGAUCUCACCAAGACCCUGAACUCGGCAUUGGACCGGGAUGCUCCCUUCGUGGUCAUACUGUUCACUGCACACCAAAACAUGCUGCCACCAAACCACCUGAUCAUUGUUUGCGGCCAUGCGAUCUGGGCUGGAGGGCCUUCCAAUGGUCAGGACGAAUCAGAAUGGGUCAUUGAGGCCUGGAAGAAAGGUGAAACGCCGACAUACACAGCACAUGCCAAGGCAGGCGUGAAAGCGCUUGGUGAGGACGACAGAGCCAUACUUGUAUUCUCAGGUGGUCCAACUGCUGCAUCGACUCCCCUCUCAGAGGCCCGCAGCUAUGCCAAUCUCGCCGCCGCCAACGGCUACUGGGACCUCCUCAUUUCAUCGCCAGCGCACUCAAACACUCCCACGCGCUCGCAUCCACUGUCUCCUAUACCCCUGCACCCGCGCAUUGAGUGCGAGGAGCGCGCCAUGGAUAGCCACCAAAACAUCCUCUUCAGCGUAAUUCAAUUUUGGCGCAGCACGUCGAGAUGGCCCAACUUUCUCACCAUUGUCUCUCAUGCCUUCAAGCGCCGUCGUCUCGUCGAAGCGCACUGCAAUGCUAUAGCCUUCCCUCUUGACAGGGUCAACUUCAUCGGUAUAAAUCCGCCAGGGGUCCCUGAGGUAGUAGAUAGGGAGGAGGAUGCGGUGAAUCAGUGGGUGGAGGACCCUCAGGGUCAGCUAGACAGUCUUAAGUCGAAGAGAGCACAUAGAAACAAGUGGCAUGUUUCGCAAACCUUGUUUUUGAGCGAGAAUGAGAGACAACAGGGUGAUAUUGUGACGAAGGUUCUUGAGGACGGCGAGGAAGUCCUAGUUGAAGGGGGAGCGAAACCUUGGGGAAAAGACUAG